AUGAUCAAAUUCUUUAUACUUUUGAGCUGUACUUUAUCAUUAGCUUUUCUGACCAUAUCGACCGUAGCAUUAGAGAAUGAUGGAAAUAAUGAAAAGGGGUUUGCUAUUAACGAUUUGAAAAUAGCAGUGACCUCAGGUUCUGAUAGAAAACUUACUGAGAGUAUCAGUUAUCCUUCCUCAAUUGAAAAACCAAUUUACCUAACUCAAGGGGAUGAUUUAAAAAUGAUAUUUGUUCUUCAAGAUAAACAAACAAACAAACCAAUUCAACCACAUCAAGCUUUUGUAAUAUUAACAUCAGAAAAAACAGGCAAUCAAGUACCUUUAAUUGUAAAAGUUAGGAUAAAUGGGAAAUCCAAAUUUGAAUUGGAUAUGAAAUCACCACCUAAAGAAAUUCUUUCUUCACCUGGAAAUUAUUCUUUCAAUCUCGUUAUUGGAACAUUUUCUCAUAAUCAUCCACUUAAUUAUCAUAUUGGAACUGUUGAAAUUGAUUUACCUUCUACUUCAGAAAAAACAAAUUCUCAAGUUGGGUAUGGUCCAAAACCUGAGAUUUCCCAUAUAUUUAGAUCUUCCGAAAAAUUACCUCCACUUUUUUUAUCAUAUAUGUUUGUAUUUAUUACAUUAACUCCAUGGAUAUUCUUAAUAAUAUCUUGGACAAAUCUUAAAGUGAAUAUCUCUUUAAUUAAAAAAGCCACGGUAUUUUCCUUGAUUAUUAUUUUGCUUUUCUUAAGUUCAAUAACUGCUAUUGAAUUUUUAUUAUAUAAUUAUUGGACACAUUUAAAUAUAUUUGAAACACUUUUAUGGUUGACCGGAUUGAGCGUGGUGUCUUUCAUCACUGGACAAAAAGCUCUUAGUAAUGUACAAGAAUGGAGAUUAUCAGGAGUUCGAUAA